AGCAGGCAUUGUUACGUCGGCGCUGCGGGCCUGAGGAAAUCACUUAAGAGAGGACACCUCUGGGGUCAUAUCCUUCGCACGCGUUCACUCUCUCAUCGAACACAACGAUGUUUGCCAGGGCUCUCCUCUUUGUCGCCUUCAUUACCUCAGGUCUUAUUUCUGACGUUCAAGCCGAGUCGCACACGGUGAAGAUGGUCAAUAACUGCGGGACUGGAACUCCCACCCUAAGCCAGAAUUUCAACGUCCUCUCGACCGGUGCCGAUUACACUGUCACAGGUCCCUUCGAAUCAGCUAUUGCAUGGCUCGAAACUGAUGACUGCGCAUUCAACGGACGGUAUUGUACACUCGUGGAAAUAACUCUGAAAAAUCCCACGGCACCCGGUGCAGGAUCUAGCGUGGACCUUUCGAUCAUCGAGCCAAACAAUGUGUUCAACGUACCAGCCUCAUUCUCAUACUUUAAUGGCUGUGACGGCGAGGGAAAAUCAUGCAACAGUUCUGAUUGUACCGAUGCGUUUCAUAAGGCGACUGACUGGGAAGCCCUGGUACAGUGUGAGGUUGAUGAUGUUGGGAUUAUCAUUACUUUUUGCUAGAUUUAUCCUCUGGGUGGCGUCGCGAACAAGUUGGACUGGUCCAUUUGUCACGAGCCUGUAUUUUCGUAUGGACUU